AAAGAGCCGGUGAGACUACAGCGAGCGAACAGAGGCAGAGGGGCUGGCACGGAGCAGAACAAGCCUCUCAGCAGACAAUCGGAACAGGAAGCGAGGAAGGAAGGGGGUCUUUCACCCGGAGGAAGACUGGCAAACCAUUGGGAUUGUGACAAGACAGCCACACAGUUACUCCAGAGACCACCCAUUGUAAGAGCAUCAAACACUGACACGCAUGCACAGAAACAACACACACUCGCUUAAAUGGAGGAAAACAGUAGGAGGAAGAAGUACUKAAUGAGACAGAGUCAAAACUAGUGUUUCUUCACUGAUAACUUAUUAGAUUCUUAGUGACUUUAUUCAUUUUUGAGGUUUCAUUUUCCUUUUUUAUGGGUGAAGAGAAGAAAGGAGAAUUGAAACGGUUCGCUUCCUUCUUUUUUAUGAAAUACUGUAAUUUUUCGGUGUUUUUCAAAUGCUGGCAGUCACAAAAUGUGAAGGUCCAUUGAACAUCAGAAGAUGAACAUCACACUGUCCAACACCUCCAUCAAGUGUAUUAGAGACACCAGUGUAACRUCAGUGGUUUUCCCUGGUCUUUACGGCAGCCUUUGUUUAGUUGCCCUGAUACUAAACUCCCUUGCUGCAUGGACCUUCUUCAAAAUUCCUAACACUUCAACAUUUGUGGUCUUUCUGAAAAAUGUGGUAGUGGCUGACCUGCUGAUGACCCUGACCAUCCCUAUUAAAGUCUUGAGUGAUGCAGGUGUGGGACCCUGGCAUCUACGUGCCUUUUAUUGCAGAUAUUCUGCUGUCCUCUUCUACAUCACCAUGUACAUCAGCAUUUUGUUGCUGGGCCUCAUUAGCUUGGACCGCUGCCUGAAGAUCGUCAAGCCUUUUGAGAAGUGCCCUCUGCAGCGGGUUCGUGUUGGACAGACUCUGAGUGCAGCUGUUUGGGUGGUGAUGUUAUGUUUGGCUUUACCCAACGUUAUUCUAAGUGAUCAGCCACCAAAAGUUACAGGAAACAGACUCAGGUGCUCCUCCAUGAAGAGCAAAGCCGGUUUGCUGUGGCAUGAGGGAUUUAACUACUUUUGUCAGGUUGUAUUUUGGGGCACGUUUGUUUUGAUGGUYGCUUGCUACACACUGAUAAGCAAGAAGGUCUUUGAGUCAUACAAAGCCUCCAAGAGCAGAUACCAGUCUGCAAGCCGAAGAACCAAAGCGAAGGUCUUUGUGGUGGUGGGGGUGUUUUUUAUCUGCUUCGCCCCGUUCCACUUUGCGCGGGUUCCUUACACGCUGACUCAAACCCGAAGCACUUCAAGUCACUGCCGGGCAGAGAAUGUGCUCUAUGUAGCYAAGGAAACCACACUGUGGCUGUCUGCUACCAACGUAUGCCUUGAUCCACUCAUUUAUGUCUUCUUGUGCAAAAUGUUUAGGAGGAGACUGAUGGCCACACUCUGUAAAACAGCUGUGGUUACUUCCAACGCGACAUCAACACAAAUGGAGAUGUCACAAAUGAACCACAGUAUCAAAGUGUCACUUAAUGACAUGUCCAAACAAUAUAUAUCCGAGACUUCAGGAUGAGCCAGAAAGACUGUUUAUUGCACUUGGAACAAAAUGAAUUCAGCUCAGAUGAAYGGCCACGGCUAUUUAAAACACAAGUUUGUUGGUCAACAAGUUUUAUGCAUUAUUUUUUAUGCAUCUUAUUUUUAUGCAUUAUUUUUGAACUUACUAAUUCUGUACACUUUUGCUUACUCAUCCUAAACAUUUCCUACCCCUUCUGUCAUUUUCUACUUCCUGUUGUCUAAUCUCAUGAAAACUGUAUUUUCCCCUUGAAAAUGUGCCAAUUUUGAGAGCACAAUUUUUUUCCUGUUUAUCUAUAAAGCUUUGAAUGGGAUGGGAAGGAAUGGAAUAGUGCAACGCAGCAUUAUGGAUCAAUUUAAUGAGCAACAUGAUUUUAUUAUUAUUAUUGCUUAAAAAUAUGUCUUAAUUAAUAUUGUUAGUUUAAUGCUUUCUUUAUGUUAAUGGAUUUUCAUUUUGGGGAUUUUGAAGAAUUGGGUCAUGCAAACAUUGAGCAUAAAGGUCCAGUUUCUGUUUCUAUAAUAGACAGACCACAUAAUGUGGAACUUGAGUCCCAGAUAUCAUAAAAAUGAAUUUGAGUGCGUUUUAUAGAAAUGGAGAAACAGGAUGUUCAUUACAUUAUUAUUUUAUUAUAUUCAAACUAAAUUAAUGAGAGUUUUUUGUUUGUUUAUUUAUCUCUUAGAUGUAACAAAGCUUUAUUAUAGAGUACAUGCAUGUAACAGGUUACUUUUAUGGUUUAGUAACAACAAUAAAAGUAGUGKAAAUUAGUAAAUGGUCAUGUAAAAAUGUAUAAAUGAAAUAAGCAUAUUUUYCCUGUAGACGUGUAAAAACUGAAACUUUACACAAUAUUUUUUAUUAGGUGCAAUACUUGAAAAAUGGUGAAUUGUUAUGGUGUUAUUAACUAAAAUGCAAACCAUUAUUAUAUGUGCAUGAUGUGAAUGUAGUUCUUGGGUCUGUUUUAUGAAAGACAUUUUCACUGGGGGAAAAAUGUGCACUUACAGUAUGCAUUAGUAAUGGUUGCAUUCCAUUUAAAAGUGCUCCUCCAUACCUAUUAAGUUAAAGGGGUGGCAUCAUUCAUUAUUCAUCCACAAUCAAGCAAUUAUUUUACCUUCAGUUCUGAAAAUGCUGUAUAUAUAUCAAAAAUAAAUUAGGCUUUGCAUCACAGUCUAUCUAAAUGCUUUGAAAUUGGUCUCUGUCUCUUUAAGAACCCCCUACUGUUUCUGACACUCCCACAUCAGCAUGUUUUCAAACAAUGCUUUGGGGAGGGGUGCUCUUUGGGGUGGGAGCUUGACCGCAGACUGAGCUCCGGGGAGGAGCUAGGUACAAAUAGGCGGAGCUUUGUACAACAAGUGUUUAGGUAGCUCCGCUUGGCUAUCACAAGAGAUUCAAGGAUUCUCAUAAAUGCAUAGAUGAGUGAAAGCAAUAUUAUUGGGAUAUUUUUAUAUGGGAAUGACAUAACAUGAUAUAAAGCUCAAAGUCAAUUUUGCAUUAUCCCCCCUUAAGUCAAAAUGUCCUUCAUGAAAUAGGUGACCAAAAAAUAAAACGAUAUUCAAUUGAAA